AGUUCCUGCUCCAGCCUCAGGUGUGACAACACAUCUGUGUCACCGAGCCAAAGGCAGUCUGUUCCACACUGGAGUCCAGCAAGGAAACCUCUCCUCAGGCACAGAUGGAGCUCUCCCCGUGGAUAUCUUCUCUUUCUUCACCUUCUGAACGACCCUGCACUCACAGCUUGCCACUUCAGUUGUAGAAAUGUGAAAUGCUCGUUGGGAAAUCUGAAAUAGUUGCUCUGCAAAGAAUAUUUUCCGUGCAACCGUCGACAAGUGAGGGAUCAAUCAAAGUUCCCACUGUGGGCACCUUUGCUUCCCUGUGAGCAGAAAAAAAGAUUGAUUUGAGCUUUUAAGAGUGAAAGCUGCUGGAAUUCAGAAGUCUCCCUUCCUUCUCCUCUAGAAGAUGAUUUCCAGAAAAUUGCUGCUGACAUCUCUUUUCUGCCUGGGUGUCGUGGCUGCUCUGGCUAUCUGGGCUAGGGCUGGGAGUGGAAAAGUGCAUUACCUGCCCUACUACCUUCCCUGCCCAGAAAUCUUCUCCAUGAAACUCCAAUAUACAGAAGAGAAGCUAAUCCAGCUUUUCCCCCAAUUAUUUUAUCAGCAGCCAAGAGUGCUGGUGCCAAAGCGCCAGGAUGUGCUGACAGUCACACCAUGGCUGGCCCCCAUCGUCUGGGAAGGCACCUUUGACCCUGAGAUCCUGGACAGUGCCUACAGACCCCUGAACCUCACCAUAGGGGUGACAGCCUUUGCUAUUGGCAAGUACACGCGGUUCGUGCGUCGCUUCCUGGAGUCGGCAGAGCAGCACUUCAUGCGUGGCUACCAGGUGAACUAUUACAUCUUCACAGACAGCCCUGCCAGUGUUCCCUCACUGCAGCUGCAGCCAGGGCGCAGCCUGGCCACCGUCCCCAUGGCCAAAUUCUCCAGCUGGCAGGAGAUCUCCAUGCGCAGGAUGGAGGCCAUCAGCCGGCACGUGGCCCAGGUGAGCGGCAGGGAGGUGCAGUACCUCUUCUGCCUGGACGUUGACAUGGUGUUCCACAACCCCUGGGGCCCCGAGACCCUGGGGGACAUGGUGGCAGCCAUCCACCCUGGCUACUUCACAGUGCCACGGGAGCAGUUCCCUUAUGAGAGGAGGAGCUCCUCGGCAGCCUUCAUCCCCGAGGGAGAAGGGGAUUUCUACUACGGAGGAGCCGUGUUUGGAGGCUUGGUCAACAAAGUCUAUGAGUUCACCAAGAGCUGCCACAUGACCAUCCUGGCUGACAAAGCCAACGGGAUCAUGGCAGCCUGGCAGGAGGAGAGUCACCUCAACAGGCACUUCCUGACACACAAACCCUCCAAGCUGCUUUCUCCAGAGUAUAUAUGGGAUGACAGGAAGCCAAAGCCCCCUGAAAUCCGCCUCAUACGUUUUUCCACAGUGGAUAAGGACUACAAAGAGGUCCGAAAUUGAUCAUCUGAUCCCUGCAGAGAGAUCCUCCACGCAACCAAACCCACCAAACUCAGUUCCUGUAAAAUGUGCCCCACCAUGAGUUUUUGUUCCUGGUGGGAGCAAACUGGGAAGGGAAUGUGUGGUUAGUUCCUCUGGAGAACAGAGUCUAAAUGCAUUUCAGAAGCAGCAGUCAAAGUGCAGGUGAGACUGAAAAGGAUUCUGGAUUCCCACUCUUUGUAAAUAUAUCCUGCACACAAAAAACAUCCAAAAGGCCAGUCAUCCAAUACAUGGCUGUAGUUGCCUUUGCCUGAAUGUUUUCCAGAGGCCUGGUGGAAACUUUUAAAGAUCAAAAUGAUAUUUGACAUUCCUGUGGAGAAGACCUUGGGUUUUGGUAAAGACCUUUUCAUUUUUAAAAAAAAUUUUGCUGGGCAAUAAAUUUUCCUGUAUUGUGAUUUAAACUAACAUCUUUUGUCAGAAUCAGGAGGAAACGUGCACUCAGAGCACAUUAUCCCUAUCCCUGUGUGCAGCAGGAUUUCUUGGACCUUGUCAGCAGAGAGCUGGUGCCAGGCAUUGCCAGUAAGAGCCCUGGUCUGACAGGACAAACAGUGUGAACUCAGCUAGCAGUUAUCUCCCAAAUUCCAGUCUGUGCUUUGGAGACCCAAGUUUAGACAGAACUGGCAAAGCUCAGGGCAGACUGAACUUCUUCAGGUUUAUUUCAAUCACAGAUGUGCUCUGAACCUUUUCCCUGGGUCACAUGUCUCUGUGGAUCAUGUAAUCUUUUCCAACACAGAAAAUCUGGUUUUGA